AUGUCAGGACGACAAGGCUACGACGUGGUGGUCGACGUGGACGCUGAGGGAGAUCUCGGCCACACAGACCUAAACGACGACCUCGAAUUCCACAACUCUACUUUCGACAACAACAAUGCGCGCAACAAGAUCCCCGCCGAUAGCCAAAAUGCUUCUUUCCUCAACCCCUCGCGACAGCCUUCGUCUUCCUCGAAACGAUACCUCUGGAGCAUCGCCUUCUACCAGCAGUUCUUCGACGUAGACUCCAUCCAGAUCCUCCACCGAUGUCGCAGCACACUAUACCCGCGUCAGAACUUCCUCGAUGUAAUGGAGGGCAAUCCAGAUCUUUACGGACCGUUCUGGAUUGCGACAACAGUGGUGGUAAUUCUCUUCCUCACAGGCACAAUAAGUCAGUACCUGGCAUACCAAGGGAAGGACCACUUCGCCUACGACUUCAGGCUGUUGAGUGGAGCGGCUGGUUUGGUGUACGGAUACCUGAUCUUUGUGCCGCUGGGACUGUGGGGAGUGCUGAAGUGGUUUGGAAGUGAGAGCUCGAAUUUAUUGGAGUGCUGGAGUCUCUACGGAUAUGCCAACUUGAUCUGGAUACCCGUUGCGCUUGUGAGCUGGAGCAACAUCUCUGCGCUCAACUACGCUUUCGUUGGAGUCGGGCUGGCAUACUCGGGUCUCUUCCUGUUUAGGAAUCUGUAUCCUGUGGUUUCGGCUACGGAUGCGAAGACCUCGAAAGCGCUACUAAUUGCGGUGAUCGCAUUGCAUGCAGGCUUUGCAAUCGCUAUCAAGGUGCUAUUCUUUGCACACAACAGCCCGGCCGCGAAGAACAAGACCCCUGCGCCUGAUUCUGGCGAUGGCGAUGCUGCUAGGAUGCUCUUCAGAUUUUGA